CCUCAUGACGCGCUGCCUCUCUCUCUCUUUCUCUCUCCGUCUAUCCGGCAUGUAGUUCAGCGGGGUUUGCUUUAAUUCAUUAAGAGACAUAUAUGGAGCAGAGAGGAGGAGAGCAGAGCAGAUUCCUUCGGGCCAUGUAAGAAGAAACAGCCACAGUCCGUGAUUUCUUCCUCCAGUGUUUUUACGCGCAGCGGAGCGAUGGAAGCGUUGCGCCCGGAGCGGAGCGCUGCGCCCCGGCUCUGCCUCCUCCUGCUGCUCCUGCUGGGUUCCUCCGUGUCCCCCUUGGUAGCCUGGGACUUGGUGCUUCUCCACACCAACGACGUGCACGCCAGAGUGGAGGAGACCAGCGUCCACUCCGGGAAAUGCAGCAACAAAGGCGGCGGGUGUUUCGCCGGCGUGGCGCGGAGAGCCACGAUGAUCCGGAGGAUCCGUACCUCUGAGAGCAACGUGCUGCUGCUGGACGCCGGGGACCAGUUCCAGGGCACCGUGUGGUUCAAUUACUACAAGGGAGCAGAGGCAGCGCAUUUCAUGAACACACUGCAGUAUGAUGCCAUGGUUUUUGGAAAUCACGAGUUUGACAACGGAGUGGACGGACUCAUGAAGCCAUUCAUGGAGAAGAUCAAAUGUCCCGUUCUGAGCGCCAACAUCAAACCAGACAGAACUUUGGCCCCAACGUUCGGCAACAGUUAUUCACCCUAUAAGAUAUUUACUGUUGGAGACCAGAAGGUGGGCGUGGUGGGAUACACCUCACAGGAAACACCUGCUCUGUCCAGGCCUGGACCACAUCUGGAGUUCGAGGACGAGGUGAGCUCCCUGCAGCUGCAGGUGAACAAACUCCAGACGCUGGGCAUCAAUAAGAUCAUUGCUUUGGGACACUCCGGCUUCACUGUGGAUCAGGAGAUCGCAAAGAAGGUCCGUGGAGUCGACGUGGUCAUCGGAGGACACACCAACACUUUCCUCUACACAGGAACACCUCCUUCUUUUGAGGUUCCAGCCGGUCCUUAUCCCUUCAUGGUGAAAUCAGAGGACGGGCGGCAGGUUCCUGUUGUGCAGGCCUAUGCCUUUGGAAAAUAUCUGGGUCAUCUGAAGGUGACCUUUGACGAUGCAGGGAACGUAGUGAGGUCGACAGGAAACCCCAUCCUGCUGGACAGCAGCAUCCCACAGGAUCCAGAUGUCCUUUCUGAUGUGGAGGAGUGGAAGAAGAGUCUGGCCAACUAUUCAGCUCAGGUGGUGGGAAAGACUCUGGUCUUCAUGAACGGAACAACUGAAGAGUGCCGGUUUAGAGAAUGCAACCUGGGAAACCUCAUCUGUGACGCCAUGGUCGCCAACUACAUUAGGUUCCCCGAUGAUCUCGAGUGGAACCAUGUCAGCGCCUGCCUCUUCAACGGAGGUGGCAUCCGGACAUCUAUCGAUGAAACCAGCAGGAACGGUUCGAUCACUAUGGAGGACCUGAUCUCUGUCUUACCUUUCGGAGGAACCUUUGACCUGGUGCAACUGAAAGGCUCCACACUGAGGAAAGCUUUCGAGCACUCAGUCAGGCGAUAUGGGAAGAGCACUGGAGAAUUCCUACAAGUGUCUGGUUUUCAUGUAGAGUUUGACCUCUCCAAACCUGCGGGGAAUCGCAUCCGAAGCCUCAGCAUCCUCUGCACAUAUUGUCGGGUUCCUCACUACGAACCGGUCGAGGAUGAGACGGUCUACACAGUGGUGCUGCCAUCCUACAUGGUGAAGGGUGGAGACGGAUUCUCCAUGAUCAAAAACGAGACCCUCAAACACAACAGCGGGGAUUUGGACAUUUCAGUUGUGUCAAAGUACAUCAUACAAAGAAAGAAAGUUUAUCCUUCUGUUGAAGGACGCAUCAAGAUCUACAACUCGGCCUCUGGACUUCUGGGGCAAUCCACUCCACUGGUUUUACUGGUUUCACUGGGGCUGCUCUGGAGUCUAUGUUGCAGCGUCUAACUUUACUCACAAGAGGACAGAAAAAUUUUAUUUUUAACCAGACCGUGUUUUAUAAACUGCGCGUGAACUUUAAGAAUUAACAGAUGUCACGGAUGUAAUCCUACAAGACUGAAAAGCUCACCUCAUAAAAACUUUAUUUCCAUACUAUGGGAAAGCUCUAGUUCAGUAUUUUGGGUGUGUAUUUAAAGCCCAUGUGGACCAAGUUUGGACAAAACUCCACAAAACAUGGCCCAGUAUUUAAGCUAUGGAAGACAUUACGCACUGCAGUUCCUCUAAUCAUCACUAGAUGGCAGCUUCAAGAAUAAAAUUGUAGUGCACACUAGGAAAUAUGAAAAAAAAAAGCCCUCUGUGCAACAGAAGUUGAAAUUCUCAUAUGUACAUUAUUAUGGAUUGAAAAGAACCACUCACAUGGCACAUCUUAGCUCCACAGCUUCUGGUCUAUAUUACUGUUUUUAAAUUCAGUUACUGCCAUUAGCUUCAGAAUCAUCCAAAAUUGAAGGCAGAAAUUAAAGCAGCUGGACAGUUGAACCUUCGUAAACUGUGGUAUUUGAGAUCUUUUUCAGCCUUGGGUUUUAACUGUACAGAUCUGUUAUUUCCAAGUAAAUGUUUGAAAAUUA